GCGAGUUAACCACCUUUGUGAAUUUAAAUUUUCAAUAGUGGUUCCCGUGCCAUGUUUUCCAUGAUUAAGUUGUCCAAUCCUGGGCAUGCCUGGAAAUAAGGUGGGAGCCAUCAAAGGAAAUAAGCUAUAUUUCACUUCAAGAUAUCCUCGAUUCAAUGGUGGCUCUGGGAGCCAUAGUAUGUAGUUCACCGACAUUUUGGUGGAAGACCAAUGGCAUUUUCAUAAAUUUAGCUUCAACUAAUGGAAAAGAGUAGUUGUCAGUGGUUAAAUAAAACUCUAGAAGCAUCUUUCUCCCCAGUCUCUCAUUCCCAACAACAACAAAAAGACACUUAUAUUCAUCUACUUUUCAUCAUUUGGGCAUCACCACUCGCACUAAUUGGUUUCAUAUUAUCUCAAUUUCAGGUUGGUUUUACUCUCACAUUUUUUGUAAUCUUCUUCUAGUAAUUCAAUUUCAUGAUUGAUGGUUCCUUUCGUCGUUUUUGAUUAAUUGCUGCUGUCAUAUUUUUUUUUCCUCAACACCUUUAAUUUUUAUCAUCUCAUCCGUGUGUUUUAGUUCCGGUAUGUUUUCUAGAAAAUUUCUUCUAAUUGCUUUCAUACUUUUGAAUGUUAAAAUUAUCUGAUGUGAAUUGUUUCAUUUGAUUUUCUUCCCUACUUGUAAUUUGUGGUUCAAUAUUUCUUGAUAGGAAUAGGAUCUUAAUUAAAAACCUAUGUAGAUUUUUAUUUAUUUUUACUUCUAGAUUCUUCUCCCAAAGCUUGAGUAGCAAACUACAUAGUUUGUAGGUUCAAAAUUAAUAUAGUCUGUUGAGGAAGAUCUUAGCAUCCUUAUGUUGAUAUAGUUAAGACCGAUCCGAUAAAAUUUAUCCCUUUCAAAACACCUAGAUGUUAAAUGAUAUCAAUUUCUUAAACUGUGGAGUUUUUUCUGGAAGUGUUCCUUUAGCUACAAAUAAAAAAGACAUCUGAUUGCACUAAAACUUCGGAUAUGAGCAACAUUUGGGAUUCAUCUCAUGCUUUCAGUAAUAUUGUUUUGGCGGUUUGUACUAGCGGCUUGUGUUUUUGGCUCAUCAUGGACUGAUUGGCACAUAAUAUUUACUACAACAAAGUGAUUUUCAUUUUCUCAUCUGUGGGCAUUUGAUAUUUGCAUGUAAGAGCUAUCCUAGACAUUAUUUAGUAUGUUUGUUCUUGUAGGCAAAAUGAGUCCACAGACUAUAUAAUCUGUUUACCUUCUUAUGGAGAUGUUAUUGGAGCGUGGUUUGGUGCUUGGCCAAUGUCACUUGAUUGGGCAAGCCCGUGGCAGGCUCCAUGGGGUGUGUGAUGAGAAUCUGCUGGCUCCAUUGAUUCGCUGGUUAGAGCUCACCAUGUUUCGCACUAGCGGUGAUAACUCGUGCUGUAUGACCAUAACCUAUAAAUCUUCAUACUUCAUACUGUUUGUGACAUGGAUGGUCAUCAAGUUUGUCAAAAUACAGUUGUUCAAGUUGGAGAUGUAUUCAAGAAAAUCCUCAAGUGAGACUGAGAAAGUGAGGAACGAGCAUAGUCAUGACUUGUCAGUCCUUUAAGCAAUAUCUAUUGUAUUGGACAGGCAUCCAGAGUUGAGG